AUCACAUGUGGAAAACCCCAUUUCAUCCUUGACUUAUACGCUUAUAUUUUUACCGGCAAUUUCAUCAUCCUGAUAGUUGGCAUUGAAAACGUUUGAUCGGGGGAAGAAACCGGUUAUGUCGGCUAUACGGAGAGGAUUAACGCGUAUGCCCAGCUUAGCGCACGCACGCACGCAAACUUAAUCGCUUUUCUGCUAGACUGCUCUAAAGGCUCAUUCUCCCGUUUCACACUUUCAAGUUGAAUAAAUGCAUGCAAGCGUAAAUUAUCAUUUUAUUCAAAGUGCUGACUGUCAUCUUCUAGAUUAACAUCUUUUUAACUUCCAUCCAUAGAAUCUUUCAAUCAUGUCUGCUUUACAACAAAUCGUACUUCAUCCAUAUCUAUCACAAACUCUCCGAUUCUGGAGUACAACAGUCGGUCGUGAUAAGACAUACAGAUCCGUGCAAUACUUGGCACGUUUCUUAGCAUGGUAUGAAUACCGUAAAGGAGCAACAAAGGAAACCGUUCAAAGAUUGCAAAACCUUAAGAGCAGCUUGGCUUUAAGUCGUAAAUUGAUGCGUGUAGGAAAAUUCUUGGAACAUUUACAAGCAGCUCUCAAAGCAACCGCAAUUCAAGAUCCAAUCGUUUCAUACACCGCAAUCGGUCGUCAAUUAGGUUAUGGAUCAUACCUCAUCUUAGAUCAAUUGCAAUGGUUGCACGGCUCAAAAGCAUACCAAUUCUCACCUGAAACGAUCAAAAAGAUUUCAAAGAACGCCGCUAGAUUCUGGUUGACAGGUUUAUCAUUCUCUUUGAUUUCGGGAACUUACAAAACCUACGUCUUACGUCAACGUUUGGCAGCCGCUAAACGUCCUCGUGCAACAGCUGAAAAAGAGGCAGAACGUAAGAUUGAACUACAACAAAUUCAAACCGAACAAGCAGGCGUUUACUUCCAAAUGACACAAGAUUCUCUUGAUUGGUUGAUCCCCGCAACUGGUGCUGAAUUCUUGGACUUGGACGAAGGUGUUUUGGGCCUGGCAGGUUUGGCAACCAGUUUGAUGGGCGCUCGUACACAAUGGCGAGCAGUCAACGGUCCUGCCGGAGCUGCAAAGAAGUGAUGCAAUUUCACCCGUGUUCAUUCCCAUCUGGCUCGCUACCAUUGUACUCUCUCUCUUUCUCUCUAAGCUCGUUUCUAUAUAAAGCGAAAAAAAUACGAUUUGAUGCAGUAAAAGUACAAAUUGUGAUGAUACAAAUACAUACCUAGAAUAAAAAUCUUUGUAAGGAUGCAUACUGUUUAUCCUGAUCGCGUGCUUGCCAAGAGGCU